GUUGCCGAAUACUUAAACGCCUUGGCUGACCCGCUUCAGCCAGUUCCUCCUGUUCCUAGUUGGUUUACAACUUGACCCAGCGACCGACACUGUGCUACUCGCAAGCACAAAUUGAAACAUGAACAGGCUGGUUUUGAAUAACCGUGAUUUAAAUCGUCAUGGAUGGAAAAUGGUGCGGAGGGCAUUCUGCAGUGAUGCGCCUAAAGGUGCGGCUGGUACAAGCAGCAGUGAUACUGUUGAGGACCAUAACGCGAAGGGCGAACAUGAAAAUACUGCCCCACAGUUUGACAUUGCUAUAAUUGGAGGUGGCAUGGUUGGCAUGGGUCUAGCUUGUUCUUUGGCCAGAAUGCCACUGACAAAGCACUUGUCUGUAGCCAUUGUUGACAGCAAUCCAGCUUUGCUCAAUAGUACUAGCAUAAAAAAAGAUGAUCCUCCAGAUCCAAGGGUCAGUACUGUGACUCCCACAACUAUAUCUCUUUUUAAAGGUGUUGGUGCUUGGCAGUAUAUUGAACAGCAUCGACAUGCUUAUUUUGACAAGAUGCAGGUCUGGGACUACACUGGGCUUGGAUUCACGAGAUAUAAUGCACGAGAUGUGAAUAAAGAAGUGCUCGGGUGCGUUGUGGAGAACAAGAUCCUUCACAAAUCUCUUUUGUCAUGCAUGCAGGACUCUGAUCUACAGAAGACGAUAUUUCCGUCCCGAUUAACUUCAAUGAUUUCGAGUCCAAGUUCUGCAACAAAGGCAUUGGGUAGUAGAUCCUCCAGAGAAGGAUCGCAUGAUAGAGGAAAUUUAACAAAACUGGAACUAAGCGACGGCAAUAGUUUGUACGCAAAGCUUGUGGUUGGAGCUGAUGGCUCCAAGUCACGUGUUAGGGAGUUGGCUGGCAUCAAAACAACUGGAUGGAAAUAUUCCCAGAAUGCAAUUAUCUGUACUGUAGAACAUACUGAGGAAAAUCGGUGUGCAUGGCAAAGAUUUCUGCCUAAUGGCCCUCUUGCACUUCUGCCAAUUGGUGACAGGUACAGCAAUAUCGUUUGGACCAUGGACCCUAAAGAGUCACUAAGCCGAAAAGCAAUGAAUGACGAGGAAUUUGUGAGAGCAGUAAAUCAUGCUUUGAAUGACGGUUAUGGUCCUCAACCCAAGCCACGAGUAUCUGGUGGCGGAGGUAUUUUUUCUUGGCUUGGGGCAGAUGUAACAUCGUCAAGUGAGCGGUUUGAGCUUCCACCAAAAGUAGUGAAAUUGGUGUCAGAAAGAAUGGUGUUCCCAUUGUCUUUAAUGCAUGCAAAUAGUUAUGCUUCAAAGCGUGUUGUUCUAAUUGGUGAUGCAGCACACACUGUGCAUCCUUUGGCUGGUCAAGGCGUGAAUAUGGGUUUUGGUGAUGCAUUUACUCUUUCUAAAGUCAUUUCUGAAGGUGUUGCUAUGGGAUCUGAUAUUGGGGAGGUAUCUCUGCUGCAGAAGUAUGAAGCAGACAGGAAAACAGCUAACAUUGCGAUGAUGGCAAUCCUGGAUGGUUUCCAAAAGGCGUACUCAGUUGAUUUUGGACCAUUGAAUUUAAUACGUGCUGCUGCUUUCUAUGGGGCAAAUUAUAUUCCACCACUAAAGAGACAUAUAAUCUCAUAUGCUUCAGGCGAGCAGAGAUUGCCUAUUUUCGCUUGAAAAGGUAUUGUACUAACCAGUCAAAUAAUGUUCAAAUAACAAUUUGUCAUCAAUGUAGAUAACCUUUCAGGUCUGUAAUGCAGUGUAAGCUAAUGUUCCACACCUUGUGCCGAACUUUUUGUCCUCUGUGAAAUCUUGAUUCGUCAGUUGUCACCGCUAAUGUUCUAUUUUUGUAACAUGAUGACACUUAAGUUACAUAUUAUAAAGCAUCAGUUCAGCUUGCUCUUUGCA